CAACAGGGGGACGCUCUAGCCCGCCCACCUUCUGUGGUCGAGGCAGUUACCAGUCACCUGACCGCGGCCCAGGCGAGGAGGGGAGCGGCCCGAGCAGCAGGCGGGUUCACGUGACUGUCUCGAGGUGCUUCGGAGGGCUGGGCCGUCCCGCGCCGGGCGAGGCUGAAAGGGGCGGCACCCGUGCCGGGCGAGGGGUUCACGCGAGGCCGAGGCUUCGAGGCCUAACAGCGCAGGAGGCAGCGGGGACCUCUGCUUCUGCUUCCCCGACUCCGGGCCAGCCCAGAGCCAGAGGAUUGGGAUGCCGAACACAGCCAUGAAGAAGAAGGUGCUCUUGAUGGGGAAAAGCGGGUCUGGCAAGACCAGCAUGAGAUCCAUUAUUUUUGCAAACUAUAUUGCACGAGACACACGGCGCCUUGGAGCAACAAUUGACGUGGAACAUUCCCAUGUUCGGUUUCUGGGCAACUUGGUGUUAAAUUUGUGGGAUUGUGGCGGACAGGACACCUUCAUGGAGAACUACUUCACCAGCCAGCGUGAUAACAUUUUCCGCAAUGUGGAGGUGCUGAUCUACGUCUUUGACGUGGAGAGCCGGGAGCUGGAGAAGGACAUGCAUUACUACCAGUCGUGCCUGGAGGCCAUCCUCCAGAACUCCCCCGAUGCCAAGAUCUUCUGCCUUGUACACAAGAUGGACCUGGUCCAGGAGGACCAGCGCGAUCUGAUUUUCAAAGAGCGGGAAGAGGACUUGAAGCGCCUCUCCCGUCCGCUGGAGUGUGCCUGCUUCAGAACAUCCAUCUGGGAUGAAACUCUCUACAAGGCUUGGUCCAGUAUCGUCUAUCAGCUGAUUCCCAACGUCCAGCAACUGGAGAUGAACCUCAGGAAUUUUGCUCAGAUCAUUGAAGCUGAUGAGGUUCUUCUGUUUGAAAGAGCCACUUUUUUGGUCAUUUCCCACUAUCAGUGUAAAGAGCAGCGUGACAUCCAUCGGUUUGAGAAGAUCAGCAACAUCAUCAAACAGUUCAAGCUGAGCUGCAGUAAGUUGGCAGCUUCUUUCCAGAGCAUGGAGGUCAGGAAUUCCAAUUUCGCCGCCUUCAUUGACAUCUUCACGUCAAACACUUACGUGAUGGUCGUCAUGUCCGAUCCUUCCAUACCUUCUGCUGCAACCCUGAUCAACAUCAGAAACGCCCGCAAGCAUUUUGAGAAGCUGGAGAGGGUGGACGGCCCCAAACACAGCCUGCUUGUGCGCUGAGCCCACCACCGCUCAGACCCUGCUGGGACUGUUUUUUUCUUUUUCCUAGGAGACCCUCUGACAUGGUGGGUGUCUGUUUUGUGGGCUUCAACAAUGAGUGUGCUGUUUUCCACCACCACCACCACUGUCUCUUUUCCUCCUCUUGCCGGACACGGGUCCGGCAGGUGACGCUGAGAAACACUGUGGCCCUCCCGGAACGGCUCCCUGCUAUGCUGGGGAGGGUCUCCCUGCGAGGGACCAGGAUUUGUCCUUGGGCCAAUGGUCACAGACAGAAGAGCCUUUCCCCACGUCCUGCUCUCUUCUAGAUUAUGAUCUACUACAAAGAUGAAAUAUUUACUAUUUUAUCAACAGGUUGCUAGAGUACAUUUAUAAAAAUUUCUGCUGGUCUUCAAUCAUGACAAUAAAUUUUGUUACCAGGGACUUGA